UACUUAGCCAUCAAUACGUUUCAGAAUUUAUAGAACAUAUUUAAAUUCGAAGUAAUCAAAAAAUGAGCGGUCUCGAAAUUAAUAAAUCCAAAGCUGUAGAUGAGGGUGAUGCUAAAACCAUCGAUCGUCAUAUUUACAAGCAGGGCCACUGCAUGGAAGAUGACGUCUAUACGUGCUUGCUUAGACGACAUGUACAUAGAUAUCCCGAAGAUGGUAGCCACAAGAUGUGGGUGCUUCCGCAACUAAUAAUACUCUUCUCAACUGGAGAUGUAAGCCAGGUAACUAAAGCAAUUGUAAAGGAUAUGAUGCACCCGAUUGGGAGUGGCCUGGUCGCCAGCGUUCUUGUGGAAGAAUCGAUACGUGAGGAGGUGAUUCAAAAAAUUAGCGCUAACUUAAAACCAAUGGAUGAACGGCUGCACCAACAUCCAAAUUACCUGAGAUCGCUCAAGCUCAUAGACCGCAUGAAUUGCUCAACCAUACACAUAGAGGAGUACGAGGACGGGGACACUGAAAAGAGGUAUAGCCACAUAAAGCCUGGUUCCCCCGUAGUGGUAUUGGAUUUCCCGCAACACUAUUUCGGUGACAAACCGACAGCUGUAAUAACUAUGAGCACCUUUCGAAACUUCAAUGAAGUUGUAAAACUAUACAAACGGGAGGGUUUGAGCUUCGAUUCGGUUUCUGUGUGGUCACUUAAGUUGGCGCAGUGCUUCGAGCUGGUGACUAGGCUGCCGCAGCCCUUACACUGGACUUUUAAUAGUAUGAAUGUGCCGGUUGACUUCCUGAUCAAAACUCCUCAAUCGAACGCAUCAGUUUCCGUAACCCAAAACAUGCACUACGAGCUCCAUGCCAUCAACGGAGAAUAUAAAACAAUUGCUUUUCCCAUUUGUCACGACCUUGAAAAUUGAUAUUCCGCGGAAUCAAUAUACCAUGUAAUACAAAUUUAUAAAUAGAGGAGCCCAAAUGACUCGACCGAUUUGUAGGAAAUGUUU